AUGUACAUUGAACAUACGGGCCUGGAAGAUAAUCUACAUCACAUAAUUACUAAUCGGGUACCGACCUCGAGCAGCCCAAGCGCCGCUGCAGCAUCUGCGCUAUUGUUGGCGCGUGUGAGGGAGGCGGCGCAUAGCGCAUCGUCGCAAGUGUCGAGGGAGGAAGAUAAUCAAAAGUGCAAUAAGGAGUGGGUAAGACGCCCCGAACCCAAAUUGGUGCCGGUUGAAAACCUAAAUACCUUGGAUGUUGUAAAACAGUUGGCGAAUAAACCUAAGGAGCCAAACGGUGCUUUAGAUCAUUUGGCAAAAAAAGAGCCACAGCUCGAAGAAGAAGAAGAAGAGGAGCAAUACGAAAUAUUGCAAAUUGAAGACGUUGAUCGAGUAGAAUCUGAAGUACCAUCUAACCUUAAAUCCGUAACAGAAGACGCGAAACAACAGUACAUAGCCACUGAGGAAAGAAAGCCUGUUGCAGAUACCACACAUUUCGUCAUUGACAUUCACAAGGACGAAAUACAACAAAAACAAGAAGAAUCGGCAAUUGUGGACGAAGACGAAGAAUACGAAUACGUAGUGACACGUGUGCCCAAACGGAAAAGUCUAUCAAAGUCCCUACAUCCCCGUGAAGAAGAUCAAAGUACACCUAUACAGGCGAUUUUACCACAACAGACUAAACGCAGUGUUCGGCCUGUUCCCGAAGCAAUUCCAAUUGAUAUACAUCAAAAGAAGAUAUUGAACGGUAGUUUACCAAUCCCGGAAAUAAGACCACUUAGCCCAAGAAAGGCAAAUAGGAUAAGCGUACCCACUUUUGUCGAAGAUUGUGAUUACAAUUCGAAUCAGGAUACUGUGGAAGCUGAGCUGCCCCAAGGCUAUCGUACAGCUUCGCAGGAUAAAGACGUCCAAAUGGGCCUUGAUAUACUUAGUAAAAUAGGACAAUUUUUCGGUUGGAUACCAUCAAGUCAAUACGAUACCACUAGUCCUGAUCAUCAGGGAGGCAAAAGAAAAAGAAGAUCGGAAGAUUAUUGCGAGUCCGCCAGCGAUCGACUAAUUAAGUAUCGCAAAGUGGAGAAUCACUUUCCUAAAUACGUCGCUCAAACGAAGGAUGACGACGUAAUUGAAUUCUUGCCACCAGCACCACCCCCACAACAACCGAACAAACCAUUUUUCUCAACUAAUAUGUCAUCAGGUCGUCGCUCGUUCUUAGAUAAGCCACCCUUGCGGAAGUCAAUGUUUUCAGUCCCACACAUAACCACUCACUUGAUCAAGAAUACCUCAUAUGCUGAUAUUGAAUUUUCGGAUGACGAUGAACCUCAAUUGGUUUUUCCAUCCACGUCAAAUGACAUUAGACGCAUGCACGAAAUUCGCAACAUUCCGAUUAUUCAAACAGACGAACGCGGUAAUUCGGCCAAUCAAAAACCUCCACCACCUCUCCUCGAACCCCGUACGGGCACCAUAUUGACUUCGGGAGAGGAGUCGUUGCGAAAACCAUCCUACGCUGAUGCGCUGCGUCAACGAAAUCCACGUGUUUCUACCAUUAGGUCUGGAAAUGUUUUGGGCACACGCAACAGUAGCAUUUCAUCGUCGGGUGGUGUAUCCACAUCGGAAUCGUCGCGUUUUCUUAACGGAUUUAGCAGUCUCCGCACAAACAAUUCAUCGAACAUGGCUCGUCCGUCAAUACUAGCACAAGAGAAGGAGAGUGAUGAACGCGACAAAUACCGACUACUACUGGAACAGGUGGCACCUCGUGUAUAUGGUUCCUUGUCCGAAAAUAAAUUGCCCACAUCAUCGCAGCGAAGGCGAUCCGGUUUUAUGUCGGCAGCAGCAGCCACCUCCUCAGCUCGAAGCUCUCCAGCCAAUACAAGAAGGUCUGUAGGUUUAGGUCAGUCGGUUUUGAAGCGUCCUCCUUUGUCGUCAACUAUAAAUUUGGAUGAUGAAGAUGACGACGAUAUUAUUUUUGGAGGGGUCUCUCAAUUAAAUAGCGCAUCGAAAGCAUCCAGGCCAAAGACAAAUCUUGGCACUGUAGUUAUCGAUGAUGAUGUUGGCAAUGAGAUAUCCGAAAUAAUUGAUUUGGAGAGUGCAGCCGAUCGUCAUGUUUUAUCUCAAUGUGCUAAACUAAAACAGGAAUCCAAUACCACGAGCAAAUCGGAAGCGGACAAUACAAGUUCUCGCAAGAAAAUGUCAUUACCAUAUGUAGAGCCAGUCAAUACAUUUAAAGAGAGGAUCAGUUCGUGUCCACACAUCAAGGAUAAUUGGUUGGAGAAUUUACAAUCGAAAUGGUCGAUUCGCAAGAGGAACAGACUUGAUGAAGUUAAAGAAACAGCUAAAGUUGUUGAAAAACUUGCCUCAGAACGUAAAGCAGCUGAAGCAGACAUUCAGGAACGUUUGCGCAACUUCCAAAUUGUGGAUCCAGUACUAUUUGUGGUAGACGACUUCGAAGAUGUCGAACCAGAGCCAGAGUUUGUUGAGCUGACUCCAGAGCACAGAGCACGUAUAAAUGCUUCCAUAUGUGGUCCACUUGAUCAGGUGUUGGUGUCAAAAUUCAACUUGAACAUAACACGACGUGACAUUCACACUUUGUGUGGCCACAAUUGGUUGAAUGACGAAGUAAUUAACUUUUACAUGAACCUCCUAACCGAACGAGGAGAAGUCAAAAGCAAAUCGCACGGUCUACCCACUGUCUAUGCAAUGAACACAUUUUUCGUGCCCCGAUUAAUGCAGGCGGGUCAUGCAGGCGUCAAGCGCUGGACGCGUAAAGUUGACAUAUUUUCAAAGGAUGUUAUUCCCGUGCCCGUUCAUGUAGGCGGAGUUCAUUGGUGCAUGGCUAUAAUACACAUGAAGAAUCGUACCAUUAAAUAUUACGAUUCGAUGGGCACCCCCAACCCAAGUGUGCUCAAAGCUCUGGAACAAUAUCUGAAGGACGAGUCACUCGAUAAACGUAAACAACCCUUCGACACCAGCGAUUUCCAAAUAGAAUCGGUACAGGGGGUUCCACGCCAAAUGAACGGCAGCGAUUGUGGUGUCUUCAGCUGCAUGUUUGCCGAGUAUAUAACACGGAACAAAGAAAUCACCUUCUCCCAACAGAACAUGGAAUAUUUCAGACAGAAAAUGAUUCUGGAAAUCGUUACCGGGGAACUUUUGCAGUAGUGGGUUGAGUUGCUGUCCCACU